AUGGCACCAACCGAUACCAAAAAGGCCGAGCCUGCCAAUCAGGGCCCACCCAAGCUCUCUGAUUAUAAGGAAAUCCUCGACGAGAGCACAUUCGAACAGAUCCUUGAGAUGGACGAUGACGAGGAGGAUCGCGAUUUCAGCAAGAGCAUUGUGUACGGUUUCUUUGAUCAGGCCGAGAAUACCUACAAGAAGAUUCAGAAGGAAAUAGAUGACAAGAACCUCGAUGAACUCUCUGCCCUCGGUCACUUCCUCAAGGGCUCAUCGGCUACACUGGGCCUUAUCAAGGUCAAGGAUGGCUGUGAGAAGAUCCAACACUUUGGCGCCAACAAGGACGAGACAGGUCUCAUUGACGAACCCGAUACCGAGGUCUGCCUCAAGGCUAUCAAAAAGACUCUGGAUGAAGUCAAGGUCGAAUACCGCAAGGUCGAGAAGCUCCUCCGCCGGUACUAUGGUGAGGAGGUGAAGGAUGAAGAAGAGAAGCCAGAAGAGGAGGUUAAGGAGCAGAAGGAAGAAAAGCCCAAGGCAGAGCCCAAGAAGGAGAUCCAGGAGGCCAAGGAGGCCAAGGAGACCAAGGAGCCCACUAAGGAGCCCACUAAGGAAGUCUCGAAAUAA